GUGUGUUGUGUUGUGUCUCUUUAAGUGCGGCAGGCAGUGCUGUUGGUCCGCGUAGGAGCCGCGCUGCACGCCGCUGCCUCUCCGCAGCUUUGCACUGCCGUCCUUCACCUCGGACGGGGGCCGACCGAGGCUAUAAGCUCAUCCCGCAGACCUGUGUCAAAUCCAACGCCGCGGCGGAACAGAUGCCAGAGGCAGGGGGAACAAGGAGGGCGGGCUGCCUGGAGCGGACGGGUGAGCCUGCGGGGACCACAUGACUUAUUAGUGGCGGGCUCCCAGGGAGCUGCAAGCGGCGAGUCGCGGCACAUCUGCGGCGUGUAGAUUAUUGAAGAGCACUCAGACUGCGCUGGAGCUCGUAACACCGAACUGGGGAAACUAAAGACAAUACGGAAGAACAUGUUGAGUUUUCACAAGAUGUGGAGACCUGCUUCUGACUUGGCUGCCGUCGACUUCCCUGAGACACUGCGCGUCAACACCCGGCCGUGGACCUACACUUCCGACUAUCAGACGAUUAGUCACGCCAUGAAUCUCUUGGAUCCCCAGGAGGAGCCGACCACUCAAAGGUGAAAGGAUUUCAGCUUGGCCACUAAAUAAAACCCACUUCCUGCUGCACAGCGUGGGAGAAAGUGCCACGGCGGUGCUGGUAUGGCAUCUCUGUAGGCUGAUAACCGGCGUGAAAGGAGUUGUGAGUGAUCGUUGUGCACUCCUUUUCUUACUGGAUGCACAGAGCGAGCACCCUUGGCUGGGAACAGGACAGGAGCAGACACUCACAUGGACUCUCACAGGUGUAUGAUAGGCUUCUUGGCGCAGCUGAAGUCAUGUCGUUAUCUGGAUGAUCUUAGUCGCAGAUUAACACACCAAGACUGUCCUUAUUUGAAUUACCUUUUAUUGUCAGCGGGAAGCAGGAAGAGCUGCUGCUGAUUUGUCUGCUGCAUGAGAGUUCAUCACUGGGCCCGUGUGCUCCAGUGAGCCAGCAUGGCCAAACCUCUGCUGAAGAUACAGCGUUAUUUCCGCAGGAAGCCCGUCCGCUUCUUUACGCUCAUCCUGCUCUACCUGACCGCCGGAAGCCUCGUCUUCCUGCACGCCGGCUUUGUUGGAGACGGCGGCCCCGGAGGGCGAGGGGGGCGCGACGCCAUCGUAGCCUCAGAGACGGGCGGCCACACCGCGUCGUCAGACAGUCGAGGACUGGGCAUCAUGCGAGUGUUCAAGGAGGCUCACAGGUCUGGGCGAGGCUACGCCCCAAUGUGGAAAAAAAAGACCAGUAUGUCCACAGAGGGCAAAGAUGGAGACUACUCCCACAACUGGAACCGUGCACUGAAGGCCCGCAAUGCUAAAGACAUCGACGACGGAAGAGCAAAAUAUAUCGGCUGCUACGUUGAUGACACACACAAGAGGGCCCUGAAAGGAGUUUCCUUUUUGGACUACAAAAAAAUGACUGCCUUCCGCUGCCAAGACAAUUGUGCAGAGAGAGGCUACAUGUACGCAGGUCUGGAGUUCGGAGCCGAGUGCUACUGCGGUCACAAGAUUCAGGCGGCCAACGCUUCAGAGAGCGAAUGCAACAUGGAGUGUAAAGGAGAGAAGAGCAACAUGUGCGGAGGAGCCAACCGGCUAUCCAUCUAUAGGCUGGAGCUGAGCCACGAGUCGGCACGGCGCUACGGCAGCGCCAUUUUCAAGGGCUGUUUCCACAGGCCGGACAAUGUCACUUUGGCGCUCCCUUUCAGCGUCUCCAUCCAAAACAUGUCCGUUGACAAAUGUGUCGACACGUGCACGGAGAAGGAGAAAUCUCUCGCCGUCCUGGCUGGAGAUCGAUGCCACUGCGGGUUCCCGACCCCCUUCUUCUCCCUCCACGAGCCGGAGGACGAGGGCAUGUGUCUCCACCGCUGCCUCGGCGAGGAGUUUGAAAGCUGCGGCAAUGACGAGUACUUUGUGGUGUACCAGACGCAGGUGCAAGAUAAUCGCUGCAUGGACCGUCACUUCCUCCCCGCUCAUGCCAAUCAGCUGGUUGCCCUCGCUAGUUUCCCCGGAGCGGGUAAUACCUGGGCUCGCCACCUCAUAGAGCUCGCUACUGGCUUCUAUACCGGCAGCUAUUACUUUGACGGCUCACUCUACAAUAAAGGAUUUAAAGGUGAGCGAGACCACUGGCGGAGCGGGAGGACCAUCUGCAUAAAGACGCAUGAGAGCGGCAAGAAGGAGAUCGAAACUUUUGACUCCGGCAUCCUCAUGAUCCGAAACCCCUACAAGGCUCUGAUGGCUGAGUUCAACCGUAAAUAUGGCGGGCACAUUGGCUUCGCCUCCCAGGCCCACUGGAAAGGAAAAGAGUGGCCCGAGUUUGUGAAGAACUACGCCCCCUGGUGGGCGUCCCACACCUUGGACUGGCUCAAUUACGGGAAGAAGGUCCACGUGGUGCACUUCGAGGUCCUGAAGAGAGACCUGUUCGCCCAGCUGAAGCGCAUGGUCCAGUUUUUGGGCCUGAGGGUUUCCGAGGAGCGUCUGCUCUGCGUGGAGGGCCAGAAGGACGGCAACUUCAAGAGGUCGGGGCUCCGGAAACUGGAGUACGACCCGUACACACCUGAGAUGCGGGCCGACAUCAACGAACUGAUUAGAGCGGUGGACGCCGCUUUGAGGAAGAGGAACAUGUCCGGCGUCCCUGGUGAAUAUAUGCCCAGAUGAUAUUUGUGAUCCUCAGCCAUAGUGGCUUAUUAUUAAUUGGGAAGAAAUAAUAACGCAUUUAGUUUACAGUAAGGAAAGGAUUCAUAUGGCCUCAUUCAUCCGUUUGCAAUGCAGUCUGCUGAAAAUGACGGAAAGCGCCGCGCUGUGUGCCACAAAACACAUUUAAGAGUAUUCAACUCUCUACUGCCGUCUGGCGGCUAAAGAGGAUAGUGCACCCCUCCGCAAUUUGUCACGCUUCACGUGUCAGGUAAACCGCAACGAAUGUGGCCGUUAUGAAUCACCCUUCCUGCUGUGUGAGACGGCCCUUUUCAUCCUCUUCCGUGCACAAUUAGGCAUGUGCACACGCCUUAACACGAAGAGGUGCAUUUCCUACGCUUUUUCGAGGGCUCGCUUAUUUUCCCCGAAGGCGGGGAAGUGAGACGUAAACGUCGUCCGUCGCACAUUUGUUCUCACGCCAGGAAAUAGGUGCAAUAUGCAGGCGAGAGCGACCUGAAAGCGAUGAUACUGUGUGGGUUUUUUUUUUUAAAGUCCUCCUCGGCAGGAGGAUUUCCCUUUUUUUUUUUUUUUCAUGAUAAAGUUCUCAGUUCCUUUUUGAGGAAGAUGCCGGCGAGUCGAAAGGGAGACGUAAUUUGUCCUGACAGCGUUUAUUUAUCUCACACACGUGACCAGUCUCGGGAAUAUGUUCUCCUGUCACCGGAUUCAGCGGCGGAAACCCAAAAAGCACGUGACAGUGCAACACUUUGGCCCAAAGAUUUCUCAAGAGUCCUUCUUUGUGUGCUUUAGUUCUUUUAUAACACUAGACUUAUUUUGUUUGUGUUUUAUGGUUUUGCUGUGAUAAGGGCAAUGAAAUAGUUAAGCAAGCUGCAAAAACUCUACUUUUCACAUCCGUGCUCCAAACACGCACGGGCAGCACCUCAGUCAAGGACUGAACACAGUGAUACCUCCUUUUUCAUGAGUCAUCACACAAAACCCCAAAUGGACGUUAUUAACGUUUUUUUGGCGAUGAGCAGAGAAGGAAACAUGUAUUCUUUCUUUGCUAAGACUUUGAAUUCAAUAGUGUUUCUCACUUUCUUUAUCAAAGUGCUGGUACUCGCAACUUUCUUUGGCCCCAGAGUGACUUAUUUUGCAGUCUUUCCAUGGAGGUUAAUUUGUCUUUUUUAAGAAAGUGUUUUUUUUUUGGACACUGAAUUUAUCUAACUGAAAUUUUUGCUUUUGAAUCUUGUGAGCUGAAUUUUUUUGACAUCCAAUUUGAUCGAAUAAAAGUUUGCGAGCCAAAUAUUUGUUUAAAAGUUCAGUGUAUGAAAUUUCAGCGUCUGAAAACUCUGUUUUUAAAAAUUCACUGUUUUAGAAUUCAGUGUAUAAAAAUGUAGUUUAUAAAAAUUCAAUGUUUUAAAACUCAUUGUUUUAAAAUUCAGUGUAUAAAAAUUCAUCGUCUAAAAAACUGUUUGAAAAUUCAUUGUUUUAGAGUUCAGUGUACAAAAUUAAGUUUAUAAAAAUUCUGUGUUUUAUAACUCAUUGUUUUGAAAUUAUGUGUAUAAAAAUUAAUUGACUGAAAAUUCAGUUGAUAAAAUUUUGGUUCAUGAAACUUCAUUGUUUUCAAACUCACUGUUUUAGAAAUUCAGUAUAUAAAAAAUCAGUGUUUAUAUAUUCAGUUUAUAGUGAUUCAGUGAAUAAAAAUUCUGUUCACGAAAUUCCGUCUACAAAAAAUGAUGUAUACAAAAAAUCAGUGUUUUAAAACUCAGAGUUUAUAUAUUUAGUAUAUAGAAAUUCAGUUUGUAAAAAUGAAUUGUGUAUGUAUGUAUAUAUAUAUAUAUAUAUAUAUAUUUUUUUUUUUUUUUUUUUUUUUUUCCCCCAGUUUAUACAAAUUUAGUGCUGGAAAUUCCGUUUAUAGAAAUUCAGUAUAUAAUAAAUCAGUGUUUUAAAAUUCAGUGUGUAUAUAUUCAAUUUACUGAAAUUCAGUGUGUAAAAAUUAAGUGCUGAAAAUUUUAGUGUCUAAAAAUUUAGUGUAUAUAUAUAUUCAGUUUAUAGAAAUUCAGUGUAUAAAUAGUCAGUUUAUAAAAAGUUGGUGUUUUAAAACUCAGUACUAAAAAAUUCAGUGCAGAAAAUGUCGCUGCUUGAAAAUGCAACACCCACUUUUGGUAAAUUAAGACAGAAGCAAUCGAUCUUGUCUCAGAACCAACCAAUGAGGUGUCAAUUCAGUUCACAAAAUUCCAUUGCAAAAAAUUCAGUGUCAGAAAAUAAUCUUUCGUGUUGAAGACACAAAUGAACAUCCAUAUUAUACUCAAUAAGAAAAACACUUAACUAGGGCACAGAAUGAUACGCGGGCAAAGGAACCAGUUUGUUAGAUGCACUGAUGACCCGUCAUUAGGGCUGCAACAAUUACAUUGAUUACAGUCAACUCUGGUAAUUGGUUCCGGACAUGACCAUGAAAUAGGAAUCAUUACUUAUUAAUCCAAUAUUAUCAAAGCUACAGCAUUAAAAAACUGCUUAUGAUGUCUAAAUACAUUUUAUCACAUUAUGAGAACCCUUUAGACAUGAAAUAACACCCUUUAAUCACAUUUACACUCUUGAAUCCAGUAUAGUAAUGCUGUCUGAGGCUGAGCCAAUCAGGAGCCAUAAUACUGAACAGCGCUCUCUGACUAGCUUGUUCUCAUCUAGAGGCCUAUAUUAUUCUAUCAUUGAUAGUUGAGUUCAUUUUUAUGUUUAAAAAUGCUUCAUUUAGGGCGAAAAUGUUGGAGAAAAUGCUUAAAGGAACAGAAGAAAGUCAGCAAUGUGGUGAAGCCGCAAUAUUUGACGGUAAUUCGAUAUGAAAAAAGCUUUGAUUUACAUCCCAGUGCUUGGAUUAAUCGUUUAGUGAGUAACUAAUACAACAAUUUGUCAAAAGUAUUAACAAGUUUUUAAUAAAUUAUAUGAAGACUUUAUUUUAUAUUUUUAUAAAUGCACACACUAAAAAAUAUAUAUAUUUUUUCUUUACUAAUGAUGAUGUGCAUUUCUUCUAAGAAAAAAAAGCGGUAAAAUUGUUGUUUAUUUCAACUAUUUCCCCUAUUUUCCCUAUAAUUAUUAUUAUGAUAUUCGAUUCAUCCACGGGUCGGCAACCCAACAUGUUGAAAGAGCCAUUUUGGACCAAGAAUACAAAAAACAAAUCUGUAUGGAGCCCCCAAAAGUUAAAAGCCUUAUGUGAGUCUUCUAAUGAAGGCAACACAUUAAGUAAGUGUCUCAGAGGGUGAGAUAACUCCUGGAAAUGACUGGCUUAGAAAGGUAUAGAUGUGUGUGUCCAAGUUAAAGGAAAUGACAGGCUGUCAUCUUCCAAUGGAUUUUUUACAACCUUUGCAAGCUGUGUAACGUUUGCUGUGGUCUGGAAUAACAUGGUAAUGUUUGCUGUGGUCUGGAACAAAAUGGUACACAAUCAGAAAUGCAGCCAAUACAAAUAAUGUUAAAGUUAAAAGUUAAGGUAUCAAUGAUUGUCACACACACACUAGGUGUGGUGAAAUUUUUCUCUGCAUUUGACCCAUCACCCUUGAUCACCCCCUGGGAGGUGAGGGGAGCAGUGGGCAGCAGCGGCGCAGCGCCCGGGAAUCAUUUUUGGUGAUUUAACGCCCAAUUCCAACCCUUGAUGCUGAGUGCCAAGCAGGGAGGUAAUGGAUCCCGUUUUUAUAGUCUUUGGUAUGACUCGGCCAGGAUUUGAACUCACAACCUACCGAUCUCAGGGCGGACACUCUAACCACUAGGCCACUGAGCAGGCGUCAGUAAUGUAUAUAGCUGCAGACGAAGCAUAAUGACGCAAUAUGUACACACAGCUAGCCUAAAAAGCAUGUUAGCAUUGAUUAUUAGCACUCUACGCAAGUCAAUAACAUCAGCAAAGUUCACUUUUGUGCAUUCACGCACAGCAUAAAAAGUUUGGUGGACAAAAUGAGACAAAGAAGGAGUGGCAUGAAACACGUCUUUCUGUGGCAGAGUAGUAGAAAGUUGUACAUGUAAACCAGGGGUCUGGAACCUUUUUGGCUGAGAGAGCCAUACAAGCCAAAUAUUUUAAAAAGUAUUUCCGUGAGAGCCAUAUAAUAUUUUUUAAGACUGAACACAACUAAAUGUGCGCAUUUUAAGUAAAACCAACAUUUUUAGAGUAUAAUAAGUCUCUUAUUCUUUUUAAUAACACUGUUAUUCUGAAGCGAACCAACAAUACAUAAAAUACUUCUUACCAUUAAUGUGACUUCUUAAAUAGGUGCGGUAGAAACCAGAUGGAUGGAUUAAAAUGCAUUAGAAUGUUUUAUAUUUUGAACGUUAUUUUUGACACUAUGACUACCAGCGGAAUUAUUCAUUACUUAUUGUAUUAAGCAAUGUCAGCUAAGAUUUAUCUGAGAGCCGGAUGCAGUCAUCAAAAGAGCCACAUCUGGCUCUAGAGCCAUAGGUUCCCUACCCCUGAUGUAAACCAACUACGGUGAGUUCAAGGACCGCCAAAAUUAGUAGGACAAAACAGUGCUGGCCAAAUAGAUGGAUAGAUGGAUAGUACUUUAUUGAUUCCUUCAGGAGAGUUCCUUCAGGAAAAUUAAAAUUCCAGCAGCAGUGUACAGAGUUGAGAUCAAUUUAAAAAAAAAAAAAAAAAAAGUAAAAAGUAAAUAAUGGGGGUUUAAAAGGAAACAAAAUAGAGAAAUAUUACAAAAAGAAUAAAAACAAUGUCAAACUAAAUACUGUCAUCAGUGAAGCAUAAACAUAUUAAACAGUGGGCUUUCUAACAAUUAGGAAGGUGUGUCCUCCUAUAAAAAAACAAUAUUAAAACAACAAAUAUAUAUUUUUCCCCCCAUCUUUUUCCAUUUUUAAAAAAGCUCCAGAGAGCCACUAGGGUGGCGCUAAAGAACCGCAUGUGGCUCGCUGACCCCCGGAUUAAUCAAUUAAUUCAUGAAAUAAUCGAAAGCUGCAGCCCUGCACGCAAAACUGUGAUUUUAUGGAACUUUUUUGUUGGACGCCGAAUUCUCCAAAAACAAGAAGGUAUGAAAACCGAGGUAACACUGUUAAAAAAAACUAAAAAAAACUGAUAGAGCCAAGAGACAAUGACAGACUUUCAUUUUUAGGAGACUUUUUGCCGUAUAGCUCUAUUUUUCUAAUGUGUGUUCACACAUCCAGAUAUUUGUACGAGAAGAAAGGAAUAAUAGACACUUGUUUCUAUUUUUGACAGAGGCUUUAGACUUUAUUGGCUCUUGCCGUGGUCGACACUUGAGCACGAGUGUCACAUUUGAAUGUACGGCCAUGGAGAGAAUGUACUGUGAUGAUGCAGCCCAAUAAAUUAGUACAUUGGCAAACGUC